AUGGAGAAGGAAGAAGAAAAGAAAGGAGGAGACGAUUCAAAACAGAGUGUAGUUGAUGAAUAGGAAUCUGACUACUCUGUCAUGAGCAGCCUCUAUAAAGAUGCGAAACUCACAUAGGGUUUUUUUGGAAAAAAUUAAGAAGUGAAUCACUUAACAAUGAUAUUAAACUCAAUUCAUCACUUUUCAGGAAGAGAAGAAGACUAUGAAAAUUUUUACAAUCGAUAUGUAAAUGACUACGAUAUAGAAAUAGAAAGUCAAUAGACUCCAUGCUUAGAUAUAACUGACAAAAACUGGUAAAAUUACUCGAACAAUAAAGAAAACUAUCAGAAAUUUUAGUAGUAUUUUGGGUCUAAAUGGGAGCUAAUGGGAAAGAAAAACAUUCUUAAAAUAUACCUACCUGUUUUGACUAAAAAUCCUUCAUGUGGUUUCUUCCAUCCACUGAUAAAAAUGGGACAUACUUGUUAUUUAGAGGAUACUACUGAAAUAACUAACACACUCUCAGUUUGGGCAUGCUGCUAUUUUUAGAAGCCAGAUUAUUUUAAUAUUGUUACCUUUAAGAAAGGAGAUGAAGGUGAAGGAUUAGAAAAUAUUUUUGAUAAGCUUAGAGAAUCGAGAGAAAUGUAAACACUAGAGUUUAUUAGUGGAACGCAUGAAGAAAGGAUUAACAAGUUGUUCCAGUCAAAGGAAUUUUAUCAUCUUUGUUCUGGCUACUAGAAAAAUGAUGAUACAUUGAAACAAUUAACAAUUUCGGUAUGUAGUUUAUACCUAGAUAAACCUUGCUUUGCUACUAUGCAUUUAGUUGAAGCAUGUGAAGGUUUGAGAUAAACACUACAAAUGCUAUCUAAGGAAGGUGAUAAAGAAGAUGCUAUCUUUCAAUUUUAUUUAGGGAUAUGUGCAACUUAUGUGUCAAUAGGUAUGCCUAAAGUUAGCAAGCUUAUAGCUCCUACUAAUCUCCCUCCAUGGAGCACUAUUUAUAAUAAAACUCUACUUAGCCAUGAUGAGCAUGUAUUACUCUUAGUUUAUGCAUGCACGAAGCUCUAUUAUAUGUACAAGGGUUUCAAAAAUUAUGAAAUAAUUCGAUGGGUAGCUGCAUCAGAAUUGAAUUUAACAAAAAACUGA